GGAAGCUGUUCUUAAUUCAAGGAGACAAACCUCAACUGAUGAAUUGGGAGAAAUAUGGUCUAAGGAUUGGAGUACAAAAGGAGAGCUUACUGUCCUCUGAGACAGUUGAAGUAGCAGUGGUCGCUCUUGUAGGAGGACAGUUCCAGUUUCCUCUUAAUACUGUCCUAGUGAGUGCUGUGUAUGCAGUAUCACUCUCAAAGCCUCUCCUCAAACGGCUCAUAUUAGAAAUACAGCACUGCAUUGAUUUAACAGGACAACCAGCUCUUAGUCAUCAUCUCAAGUUUGCUAUAGCUCCCAUGAGUACACCCAGUCUUCCUUACCAGUUCUCAAUAGUUGAGGGAGGACAGUUUAAACUUGAUAGUUGGUAUGGAUCCAUCGAGCGUAAAGAGUUCUGUUUGGUGUGCAUACUGGGAGAAGAAUCAGCUAAUGAAGGAGGUAAUGAUGUCCCUAUAGCAUCAGUUAAUGGAGACAUAGAGGAAGGAGAGAAGGAUGAGGAGGAUAAGGAGUCAGAGGAAGAAGUUGAGGAGCAGUUGAAUGAUGAGGAAGAAAAAGAAGUUGAGGAGCAGCAAGAUGAGAAGGGAGACCAAGAGGGAGGAGAUGAUGAUGAUGACAGUGAUUACUCUAGUGAUAAGACUAGCAGUAAUGCACUAGGUGCUAGUGGAGUCGAAGUGUCUAAGGAUGGAGAGAAGGGGAAGGAAAAGGAUGAUACAAUAAUUACUACGAAAGCAACUGGUGCUGCAGCAGCAAUCCCUCUCCUUGUGUCUGAGACUGAGAAUGAAUCUGAAGUUUCAACAAAAGAUAUCUCUGGUGACCCAGUUCACAAAACACUGUCCAUUGGUGUGAGAAAGGUCAUAACCUAUGCUGGUAUACUUUAUUAUGAAGAGGACAGAGUAGAAGAUUUAGUUUCCUUCACUGCAGCUAAGAAACUAAAUGCCCUCACUGAAUUUAUAAAAAAUGAGCACUGUCAUGCUAAGAUUGGACAAUAUCUUUACUUUCGUUUUAUGCCCAAUUGUGAUGAUAGCCCAUACAUUGAACUGAUCUUUGAUACUCCACAGAAGAAACCCACUACUGGAUGGAGUAUUGAGCCUCAUAUAGAACCAUGCAGACUAUAUCAAGAUGAUGUUGAUAAAUUUGGAAGAAAAGAUUGUUCUCUUCCUUCCACCUGCCUGAUAUCUGUUUCUGGUUCAAUUGAUGCUGUUUCAUCAUUGCACUAUUCUAUACCACUGGAUGGAGUGGUUCGUCCCAAGACAUUAUUCAUUCACCGAUCACUGAGAACUACUCCUUCAACAAUACAUGAAUCAACACUAGUAUCAUCCACUGGAGGAGCUAGUCCAUUAGCUACUGUUGAUGUCAAUAAAGUAAAGAAAGUGAUCAAUGAUGUUCUUGUAUCUCAUUAUGCUGAUUUUACUUCACUACCAAUGGAAGCUGUCCCUGAUCUUGCCAAUAAAUUAUUUGCUCUUUGUUUGGUCAACAAUGCUGUCAGAGGGAAUCCUUCAAUAGAGAAAUUUAUUAAUGAGUUCAAGGCUGGUCUUACUUUUCAGCGGAAGUUACCUCAAGUACAGGAGCACUGUCAAAAGUUCCUAAGCUCAUUCAUUGCAGUUAGGGGCAGUUUUGCUUAUGCAGCAACAGCCUUGCACCAGGACUGGAUUGAAGCUAUUAGGAAUGAACUGGGAUUUGAUUUUAAUAUUGAUAUUGAUGCUUAAUAAUAAUUUUGAUUGAUUUUUAGAUUCAUAAUGCUUAUGUUGAAAGCAAUUUUUGAUUGUCAAAUUAAUUUAAAGUUCCUUGUUGACAUCAACCAA